GGGGCCGGGGUGGAGUGUACGCGGGGCAGGCCGGACAUGGAGGUGGUGGACGAGACGGAGGCGCUGCAGCGCUUCUUCGAAGGCCACGACAUCAACGGCGCCCUGGAGCCCUCCAACAUAGACACCAGCAUCCUGGAGGAGUACAUCAGCAAGGAGGACGCCUCUGACCUCUGCUUCCCUGACAUCUCUGCUCCAGCCAGUGUGGCCUCCUACCCCCACGGGCAGCCAGCGAUCCCCGGCUCCAGCGGGGUCCACCACCUGAGCCCCCCCGGGGGCGGACCCUCCCCGGGUCGCCAUGGCCCCCUCCCACCCCCGAACUACAGCGCCCCGCUCAACUGCAACAACAACAAUGGCAUGGGUGCUGCUCCCAAGCCCUUCCUGGGGGGCUCUGGGCCCCCCAUCAAGGCAGAGCCCAAGGCUCCCUAUGCCCCCGGCACGCUGCCAGACUCCCCCCCAGACUCUGGCUCCGAGGCCUACUCCCCCCAGCAGGUGAAUGACCCCCAUCUCCUGCGCACCCUAACCCCUGAGAGCCUGUGCCACGUGGGGGUGCCCUCCCGCCCGGAGCACCCCCCACCGCCGCCCCCGCCGCCCCCGCCUCACUACCCCGUCCUGCAGCGGGAUCUGUACAUGAAGGCUGAGCCUCCGAUGCCCCCCUACGCUGCCAUGGGGCAGGGGCUGGUGCCCACCGAUCUCCACCAUACCCAGCAGUCCCAGAUGCUGCACCAGCUGCUGCAGCAACACGGAGGAGCCGGAGCCGAGCUCCCCACACACCCCUCCAAGAAGAGGAAGCACUCCGAAUCACCCCCCAACACCCUCAAUGCCCAGAUGCUGAAUGGAAUGAUCAAACAGGAGCCCGGGACCGUGACAUCCCUGCCACCGCACCCAGCUCGAGCCCCAUCCCCACCCUGGCCUCCCCAGGGCCCGCUCUCACCCGGCCCUGGCUCCUUGCCCCUCAGCAUCGCCCGGGUCCAGACGCCGCCUUGGCACCCCCCAGGUGCACCCUCACCAGGUCUCCUUCAGGACAAUGAUAGCCUCAGUGGCUCCUACCUGGACCCCAACUACCAGUCCAUCAAGUGGCAACCACAUCAGCAGAACAAGUGGGCGACACUGUACGAUGCAAACUACAAAGAGCUGCCCAUGCUCACCUACCGCGUGGACGCCGACAAGGGUUUCAACUUUUCGGUGGGCGACGACGCCUUCGUCUGCCAGAAGAAGAACCACUUCCAGGUGACGGUGUACAUCGGCCUGCUGGGCGAGCCCAAGUACGUCAAGACGCCCGAGGGCCUCAAGCCCCUCGACUGCUUCCACCUGAAGCUGCACGGCGUGAAGCUGGAGGCCCUCAACCAGUCCAUCAACAUCGAGCAGUCGCAGUCGGACCGAAGCAAGCGGCCCUUCAACCCUGUCACGGUCAGCCUGCCCCCCGAGCAGGUCACGAAGGUGACUGUGGGGAGGCUGCACUUCAGCGAGACCACCGCCAACAACAUGCGCAAGAAGGGCAAGCCCAACCCUGACCAGAGGUACUUCAUGCUGGUGGUGGCCCUCCAGGCCCACGCACAGAACCAGAACUACACGCUGGCCGCCCAGAUCUCAGAACGCAUCAUCGUGCGGGCCUCCAAUCCGGGCCAGUUUGAGAGUGACAGCGACGUGCUGUGGCAGCGGGCGCAGGUGCCCGACACCGUCUUCCACCAUGGCCGUGUGGGCAUCAACACAGACCGGCCCGAUGAGGCGCUGGUGGUGCACGGCAACGUCAAGGUCAUGGGCUCGCUCAUGCACCCCUCGGAUCUGCGGGCCAAGGAGCACUUGCAGGAGGUGGACACCACCGAGCAGCUGAAGAGGAUUUCGCGCAUGCGACUGGUCCACUACAGAUACAAGCCAGAGUUUGCCGCCACUGCUGGCAUCGAGGCCGCGGCGCCAGAAACGGGUGUCAUCGCUCAGGAGGUGAAGGAGAUCCUGCCUGAGGCCGUGAAGGACACGGGAGACGUGGUCUUUGCCAAUGGGAAAACCAUAGAGAACUUCCUGGUGGUGAACAAGGAGCGCAUCUUCAUGGAGAACGUGGGUGCUGUGAAGGAGCUGUGCAAGCUGACGGACAGCCUGGAGACGCGCAUCGAUGAGCUGGAGCGCUGGAGCCACAAGCUGGCCAAGCUGCGGCGCCUCGACAGCCUCAGGUCCACCGGCAGCUCGGGCGCCUUCAGCCACGCAGGGAGCCAGUUCAGCCGGGCGGGCAGCGUCCCCCACAAGAAGAGGCCCCCCAAGGUGGCCAGCAAGUCAUCGUCUGUGGUCCCAGGCCAGGCCUGCAUCAGCCAGCGCUUCCUGCAGGGAACCAUCAUCGCCCUGGUGGUGGUCAUGGCCUUCAGCGUGGUGUCCAUGUCUACACUGUAUGUGCUGAGCCUGCGCACCGAGGAGGACCUGGUGGAAACUGAUGGCUCUUUUGCCGUGUCCACUUCCUGUCUUCUGGCCCUGCUCCGGCCCCAGCACCCUGGGGGGAGUGAGGCCAUGUGCCCAUGGUCCAGCCAGAGCUUUGGGACCACUCAGCUCCGACAGUCCCCUGUGACCACUGGGCGGCCGGGCUCGCAGCCCUCUCUGCUGCUGGUUACCACUGGCCUGACCAGCUCGGCCCCAGCUCCAGCCCUCCGCACCUUGGACCUGUGCUCCAGCCGCCGCUGCCCAGUCGUCUGCUGCUCCUCGCCCAGCCCCAGCCCCACCCCUGCCCCUAGCUUUAAUCCUGGCCGUGGUCUCAGCCCCAGUCCCGGCCCCUCCACCAACCGCUCAGGCCCCAGCCAGAUGGCCCUGCUGCCAGCCACCAACAUCAGAGCCAAGUCCUGGGGCCUGUCAGCCAACGGCAUUGGCUACUUCAAGCAUCCAAAGAACUCGGACCCUGUGGCCAGCCCUGCGGUCCCCUUUCCUGGAGGCCAGGGCAAAGCCAAGAAGAGCCCAAGCCUUGGUCUCCAUGUCCGGGGCCGCCGAGGGGCCCCUCAGCUUGGCCUGAGCUCUGCUCAGCCCACCCAGGCCUGGAGCCAGCCAGUGGCCUCUCUCCUUGCAGACCCAGUGCCGUCCCUGACCUCCAUCCAGGUGCUGGAGAAUUCGAUGCCCAUCACGUCCCAGUACUGCUCCUCAGAGGAUGCCUGCAGGCCUGGAAACGUCACCUACCACAUCCCCAUCAGCAGCAGCACGCCGCUGCACCUCCGCCUGACCCUGCAGAUGAACUCCUCGGCCCCCGUGUCCGUGGCACUGUGCAGCCUGAUGUCAAAGGAGGAGCCGUGUGAGGAGGGGGGCUUUCCACAGAGCCUCCAUGCCCACCAGGACACCCAGGGCACCUCCCACCAGUGGCCAGUAACCAUCCUGUCCUUCCGCAGAUUCACCUAUCACUUCCGGGUGGCACUGCUGGGUCAGGCCAACUGCAGCUUGGAGGCCCCGGUCUGGCCGGCUGCAGACUACUACUUCCACUUCUACCGCCUGUGUGACUGAGCUGCCCAGGGAGGCAGCGCCACAGCAGGGCCCGGGGUCCCGGGUGCCCCUCCACACUGGACGCCAUGGUGUUACACUGGGCCCGGGGUCCCGGGCGCCCCUCCACACUGGACGCCAUGGUGUUACACUGGGCCCGGGGGCCCGGGCGCCCCUCCACACUGGACGCCAUGGUGUUACACUGGAGCCCGCCGCUGACACUUCCUUGGAGGGACUGAGGCGGCUCGGCCCUCCCCGUGCCUGGUGAAACUGGAAGUCCUCACACUGGAGCUGCUGGGCCUGCUGGCGGCGCCCCCAGACCACGGAGGGCGCUGGAGGGAGACCUGCCGGGCCCAGGCCGGCCCGAUUCACAUGUGUCCGGAUUCGGCCAAUGGAGGGCUGGUGGGCGGCAGCGCCCCAGAGGCGGGGGAAGCCCGUGACUCGGCCCAGAGCCUACCCUUCCUGCCUCCCCUUCUGCGACUGGGGGCCACCCCUCUUUUGGAGAGAGGACCCGUCCGCCUUUGAGACCGGCAGGGGCUUGGCUCGAGCCCUCAGAGACUUGGCUGGACCCACGAGUCAGUGGAGGGCAGACAGCCCUCACCCUUGAAGCUGCUCCCUGGGGAGGGCUAGGUAGUAGACUUCUUAGGGUCUGACUGUUACUGGACUUGGACUUCUAAGCUUUAAGCGUGGCCCAGGAGGUCUCCUCUCCCUGGGAGAGCUUGGCUCCAAGAGCUCCCAGGGCAGCUGAAGCCAGCCCUGGAUGGGCUGGCGACCGACCACGUGCCUUGUGUACACUUAGUGCCUGGCUGAACCAGGGGAGCCAGUGGGCCAGGUAAGCCUUGGACCCUUGAACCUGGAGUAUCCCGAAGGGAAGGAAGUUCCCUGUGAGCCCCCAGAUGGCGUUGCGGCCCCGCGGCCUGGGCCCCUGGGAGCUUCCAGAGCUCACAGAGGUCUCUGAGCAGAGGAGCGGGAAUCCCUGCGAGGCAGCAGGCUGGUCUUGUCUGGUGGGUGGAUGCAAAUAGCUUUUGCUGUUAUUAAUGAAAUAAUUACUAAAAUGCACUUAAACCCGGGCAGGAGUCGAAGGAUGGAGAUGGAAAGCCCGGAGUGGGCCAGAGCCCCGGGGGGACACUUGAAAGGCAAGGCCCUGGCUCUGAUCCGUCCCAGGGAGCUUUGAGACACCCACCCCACUCCCGACCACCAGGACUGGCCUUUCCCUCCACUCUUGUCUGCUGGUGGCCUCACCUCCCCAGAUUCGAGGGCUCCUGUGCUGGGCUUGGACAGCCAGGCUGGGGGCCCCGUGCUCGGCAGUAGUCCCAGUUCUGCCCACUCCUCCCAGGAGCAGAGUGGUGGGCUUGGGUUACGGAAGAAGUCUUAUCUCAAGUGCCAACGUUAACCUUUCUUAGUGGGUAUCUGGAGCUUUCUGAGGCCACAUCCAGGCUCAUGGAAGGAGAGUGGAAAUCAUUUCGUCGUGUCUGCCAUGGGUUCAGAAAUGGGGACGGAAAUGCCAUCCUUGCCCUGUGAUAUUCUGCCACCGCUUUGGGAGCCAGGCCUUGCCCCAUCUACCUCUCAUUCUCAGCUUUGAGUGGGAGGCCUUUCUGUGGGAGACCUGGAUCUUGAAGAAGCCUAGGAACCACGGGCCCCCUUCUGCUAUGGAUAUCAAAGCACUUCUCCUAGGGAUAGGGAAACACAGGGGGAAUGGGGGUAGCAAGGAUACCUAGCCUCCCAGCCCCCUCCCCAGGGUGGCUCCUCCUUCCGACAUAGGAAUUACAUGGCUCCCCACACCAUGCUGGCGGCCGCGCCUUACUUAGCGCUGCUCUGUUCUCCUUCCUCCCACCGGGGGAACCCUCCCUAAAUGCCAUACAACUACCGAGCCCUGCCCCUUCUAAUAGGAUUCUGGGGCUUCCUCAGUGGGGGUACAAGUUCUUGGACCGCAGCCCCCCUGUGCUUAACUGGAAGGUGACCCUCCACUGCUCCCUGGAGCCAUCUGGACACAGCAUCGCCCCAAUCUGGUUGGCAGCUGGCUGUUUCCAUGCCUGGGGAGGGGGUCCUCAGUGCUGAGUUUGGG